CUUACAACAAAGCGGUACAAUGUCGGGUUCAAUCAAAGCAUUCACAUCAGGUUACAGAUCGGAAGGGUCACUGAAUCUUGUGCUCCUGAUACAAUUCAAACAAAUUCGAUCUGUAAAAAGCAUGCGUUUAUCAAUAAGCUGUGUUAAUAAUUAUGGAAAGUAUACAUAUACUGUAUUUGUAACACAGACGUGCAUUGUCUUCCUGUUCUCUGUCGCCUGCAGAGGGAACCUUAGCGCAUAGGAGCGCUGUUUCUCCUCGGCAGUCCCGUGUUGGCGGACCUGGAAGUGCUGUAUUUCAGUAGCGGGUGUACGUUUGGUUCAAUUAAGCGGGUUUGUAUUCCCGGUCGCGAUGACCUCCUCCCCAGGAAUGCUCCGGAUUCUCUGUGUCCAUGGUUACCGGCAGGACGGCAACGCGUUCCGGGAGCGGACCGGGGCGCUCAGGAAGGCGCUGAAAAAGCACGCGGAGCUGGUCUAUAUAAGCGCCCCGCUGCCGGUCACCGACCCCGCCCCGCAGCAAGAACCAGCGCGGGGUUCCCAAGCUGUGGAGCCCGACAGCCAGGCGGAAGACCCAAGGGGCUGGUGGUUCUCUAACGCCCAGGAGCGGAGCUUCCACGCUGGGGAGAGCUGCCAGUCCUCCCUGGGCCUGGAGGAGAGCCUGGAGGCAGUGAGGCGAGUCGUGAGGGAGCAGGGCCCUUUCGACGGGAUCCUGGGCUUCAGUCAGGGCGCCGCCCUGGUGGCGAUGAUCUGUGCCCUGCAGGGGCAGGCAGGUGACGCUCAGGGCCCGUUCUCUUUCAGAUUUGCUGUCCUGAUCGCCGGGUUCCGGAGCGUGUGUGAGGAACACGCUCGCUUUUACACCACGCCGGUCUCCAUGCCAACGCUGCAUGUGUUUGGCGAAACGGACCGGGUCAUACCGGAUCACAUGAGCAGAGAGCUAGUCGCGGGUUUCCAGAACCCCCAAGUACUGACCCACACGGGGGGUCACUUUGUACCGGCCGCAGCGCCACAGAAAAAAGUCUAUUGCCAAUUCCUGGACACGUUUAUCAGUAAAUGAACAAAAUGCAAAAGAUUUGUACAGGAUAUUCCAACAUGGCAGUUAACCCCUGAUGUCUAGGCACAGGUAGCAAAGGUUAUUUAUUUAAUUGCUUCAAUAUACUUUUUUUUUUUUUUUAAGAUGUAUAAUUGCUACAAGUCUUGGUGGCAGGCAGGGGGCGCUCAGGGACAGUUCUCGGUAAUUAUAAUUAUUAUUUGAACAAGA